AUGGAUACUUCAUUAAAUGACAAAAUUAUUGCAGAAGCUCUUCAAAAAGCUCAGAAAGAUGGAGGUAUUGUUUUAAAGGAAAAAUUACGUAAGCUAUUAGUUGAACGUCGAAUUCCAUUUAUACCAUUAACAAGUGAAACUGAAUCACUGGGUCCACUUGGUGAUGGUACAUUCGGUAUGGUUGAAUUAAUACGUUAUAAAAAAAAAUUAUAUGCACAUAAAAGAGCUCGACAAAAUACAAGGGAACAUCGCAAUGGUAUACUAGAUGAAGGUAUUAAAUUAUCUGAUAUAGCUCAACAUCAUCCAAAUAUUCAACGUUUAAAUUUUAUUAAUCUUCGUACAUUUGGUCUCGUUAUUGAUUAUUGUAGUAAUGGUUCACUUGAUGGAUUUGUAAGAGAGAAAACUUCGAACUAUACAUUAGUUGAUGUUCUUAAUUGGGGCUAUCAAUUAGCAGAUGCAUUAAAUUUUUUACAUUCGAAUCAGAUUAUUCAUCGAGAUGUUAAAAUGCAAAAUAUUCUUUUGAAAGAUAAUUAUCAAACACUUGUUCUUACUGAUUAUGGUACUGCAACACAAUUGGGAAGAGCUGUGCUGACUAUUGAAGUUGGAACACCAAUCACUAUGGCACCAGAAGUAUUUGCUUAUAAUCAGUACAAUGAAAAAUGUGAUACAUAUUCAUGGUCAAUUGUUUUCUGGCAAUUGAUAUCAAAACAAUUAUUACCUUAUGGAAAUCAAGGCAAAGGUUUUAUAUUAUCUGUUGUACAAAAUCAACUUCGUCCACCUAAAUUGAAUAACUGUCCAGAUUUGUUUGUUGCUUUGAUGUAUCGUUCAUGGCAUUCAGAUCCAAAUGAACGACCAACAUUAUUAUUUAUAAAAAAAGUUCUUCGAUUAAUAUUAAAUACAUUACCGAAAAAAAAACAAGAAUAUGCACCAGAAAAGGCAAAUGAAAUUCAAAAUCAAUGGUUAAAUGACUAUAAUUUAUCAGAAAAAUAUUUACCAUAUGAACCACGUUAUAAUAAUGAGCAAUCAAUAAAUCUCUAUGAAGAACAUUUAUCGAUGAUGGAACGUGUUAUGAAACUACACAAAGAUAUAUCUGAAUUAAAACAAAAGCAAGCAAAAUUUGAUCAUUAUCAAGAAUUAUUAUAUGACAAUGAACAAUUACAAAAGGAAAUCGAUCAACUACGUUCAAGUAGCCAAUCUUAA